AUGCAGUACGGAGGGGCCCCGGGAGGGCCUACGUUUCCUGGACAAACGCAGGAUCCGCUGUAUGGCUACUUUGCUGCAGUAGCCGGACAGGAUGGACAAAUAGAUGCUGAUGAACUGCAGAAAUGCCUGACAGAGUCGGGCAUCGCAGGUGGAUACAAACCUUUUAACCUGGAGACGUGUCGGCUUAUGGUUUCCAUGCUGGAUAGAGAUCUGUCAGGUACCAUGGGUUUCAGUGAAUUUAAGGAGCUCUGGUCUGUACUGAACGGCUGGAGACAGCACUUCACCAGUUUUGACAGCGACAGGAGUGGCACCGUGGAUCCUCAAGAGCUGCAGAAGGCCCUGACAACCAUGGGAUUUCGGUUGAGUCCCCAGGCCGUGAAUUCAAUUGCAAAGCGAUACAGCACCAACGGGAAGAUCACCUUCGAUGACUACAUCGCCUGCUGUGUCAAGCUGCGCGCCCUGACAGAUAACUUCCGAAGGCGGGAUACUGCUCAGCAGGGUGUUGUGAAUUUCCCCUAUGAUGAUUUCAUCCAGUGUGUCAUGAGCAUUUAA